UACCUAAAUGAACAUGCUUUGUUCUUUAGAGUUGACUUGUUAUGAUAAUAAUUUUACAAUAUCUUGUUUGUGAGAAUUAUCAGACCUAUUUGUUUAUAAAACUUUAUAAACAGACAUGAAGAACUACUGUUGGAACGGAGGAAUUAUAUUUGUGUGUAUUCUAAGUUAUAUAGAUUUGUGCAGCUGUGGUGAUCUGUGUUACGACAGUACACAUGAGAAGUAUAACUACUGUAGUGGCUACUGCUGUGGAGACCAGUGUUGUAACGUAGACGUUGGGGGGAUUGUGGCCGUGGUUGUGGCCAUAACAAUUGGAAUCGCUGCCAUUAUAGGGUUCGCUAUCUGUAUAUGUUAUGUGCUCGCCAAGAAGUCUCGUGUAAAAUCAGGAUGGCGGACGACAGUUAUUCACCCCAGAAACCUUGACGACAGUCUCCAUCAAACAACUACAGUUUCUUACACCACGACACAAUAUCCUAGCUGUCACAGCCAGUACCAGAAUGGCGUGUUUACCUUCGCGCUACCUUCAAACUUCAACCUGACACGUGAAUGCCCUCCCCUGUCCCCUAUCACGCCCCCUUCAGUGUCACCCAUCCACUCUUCCAUGUCCCUUAGCAAGCCCCCCUCAGUGUCACCCGUUCACUCUCCCCUGUCCCCUAUCACGCCCGAUACAGUGUCGCCAAUCCAUCCUCCCCCGUAUGUCGACAGAUCGGAUUCACCGCCCAAGUACUUAAGUGAUUAAAUAAAUUUAACCAAAACUCGAAACACAGACCUGAACAGGAAAUAACGUCAAACGAAACCGGAUGUGGUAUAAACUGGUGUUGGAUAGCGCUACAUCUUGUUAUGAUAGUGUGGAAUUUGUAUUAAACAGAUAGACUGACUUCCUGUUGUGGUGUCAUGUCAAUGAUUGUGUACGUGUAUUACAAACCAUGGUGCUCUGUAUGAUAGUUCAAAACUGUUUCGACGUAAUCAAAAAUGUAAAAAAAAGUGAGGAUAACAAUAAUAAAAGACAUAAUAAUGUAUAUA